CAAAAGGUUAAGUUAAUGGUGGAUUUGUGAAACAAUUUUGUAUUAUUCGUUUAUUUAAUUUUAAUUCAGUAAACAAAACAUGGAAUUCGAUUGUAAAAUCAAGGAGUUAAACAAUAUAGAUAUUAAACACGAGAUUGAUGCAGAUGAAUCUCAUGUUGAUGAUUUCUAUGUGGAAAUACCAACAACAGUCGAUAAUCAGGAGGAAAAGGAUGGCCCAGAUUUUUGGGAAUCAGCAGAACAGUUUGAGAAAGCUAACAUUUUGAAAGAGGAAAAUAAAUUAUUGAGACAGAAAUUGGAGAAAAUGGGGGUAUAUCAUUUCGAGAGGCUAGAAAAAAAUGCUGGUGUAGCGUAUAUCAUCGAUUUGACUGACAUUAAUGUAGUUUGUAGGAUAUGCUUGAAAAGAAAUCAAUUAUUAGAAUCUGUUGAUGGAAUAUUAAGUUUCGAAAAUCCGGGAAUAAACUCAAUAAGUAUUUUGAAUGCAUUACAAUCUCUUGGUUUGGAUCCGAUAUCAAUCGAAGAUCAUUUACCUAAUAAAAUAUGUCCAGAAUGCAUACAGUAUUUAAAGUUACUCACAAUGUUUAAAUAUACUUAUGAGAAAUCCUUUGAAAUACUACGAGUAUACACAGAAACUUUAAAAAAAGGGAAUGAAAAUGUAAACAAAAAUGUUAAUUUUGUAACAACUUCAACAAUUAAAGAAGAAAUCAAUAACAGUUAUGAAGAAUAUGAAGCAAACGAAGAAGAAAUUUUUGCAGAUGUAAAAUCGCCUAAAAAUAAUUCAAGCAUGCAAUUAGACAAAACGAAACAGUACAAGAAACCUCACAAAUGUCCUAUUUGUUUUGAGAAUUUAACUCUAUCGCAAUUCCGCCCUCACAUACGCAAACACACGGCCUUGAAAAAGUACCUAAAUGCAGCUAAAGUAGAAAAAAACGUCAAAUAUUAUGCACUACCUAGUAAUCGGGUCAGUUUGAUAAAUGAAGAAAACAUGCUACACAAAUGCCCCUUCUGCCCAGAAAGCUUCGAAGCCACCACAUUCUUAACCCACAUGAAUGAUCAUUUGAAGAACGACCAGUUUGCUUGUGAUAAAUGUAACAGAGUAUUCAUGAAAAGAAGCUAUUUAGUUCAACACAAGCUGGUACAUAUGAAGGAAUUGCCUUAUCGGUGUAAAACAUGCGGUAAACAAUUUGUAUCUAAAGGAAACUACGAUUAUCAUUUAUUGGGGCACGCCGAUGGCGAAUUACCAUACAAAUGCGAAUUUUGCAGCAAGAAAUUCUCGAACCCUUUGCAUCUGAAAAGGCAUAAAACCAUUCACUUAGAAAACAUAUCUUACAGCGACAAAUACAGGAUGAAAAGAUGUAGCGGCUGCCUGCAGAGCUUCGUAAACGAGACCGAGUUCCAAUCUCACGUGUGCAUGUGGUCUGGCAAUAGAGUUCGACACUGCAGAUUUUGCAGGCAGCCUUUUAACAAAUUGCAGAACCACUCUUGCAGCAAAUUGAUCAUGCACAAAAAGGCCGUAGCGCAGAAAAAAAAGUACCAAUGUUCGAUUUGUAACAAAAUGGUCGGGAAUAUAACGUUUCACAAAAUGUCCGCCCAUCCGGAGACCGUUCAGAAGUCACUCUGUUCCGAUUGCGGGCUCUACGUGGUCAAUAUUUACCAGCAUCGAAUGAAACACAAACGUACGAAAUGCAACAUAUGCGAUAAAGAAUUCUCCUCUUCUAGUCUGAUGAAAAAACACCAAUUAAUUCACACAGGCCAGAGACCGUUUCUGUGUACUUCUUGUCCGAAAACCUUCAAUUGUAAAUACAACCUGCAAGUCCACGAGCGAAUCCACACGGGAAAUAAAUGCCACGUUUGUCACGUAUGCGAUAAAGGCUUCUUGGAAAAGUCCUACCUAAAUAAGCAUUUAAAAACCCACAAAUACGUCAUGUAAUAUUACGUUUUGUAAUCGAUUUUUUAAUGAUUGGUGAGACGUUUUACAUAAUUCAUAAACAUUAUAACCUUAAAGCUACGUUACACAUUAUUUACUCUACCUCGUUAACCUUUUAAUUAGACAAAUAAAGUCUGUGAUAAUCGUUGGCGCCGAACGCGCAAUUACAUUUCGGGCACUUCCUCUGCCUGGUCUCGUACCUCGUUUUGAGGCAAUCGUAACAGAAAACGUGGAAACAUUUCGAUAGGACAGCGUCCUUUCGUUUUACUUUGCAAGACGGGCACGUCAACGUCUCCUUGUACUCCCUAAUCUCCUCCAUCAUGACUUCGUCCAACGUGGUUCCGGCCAGUUCCAUUUUCUUCAUCCUCUCCGCUUUGCGCUUCAAUUGGGCUAUCUCCUCCUGCAGGCGCUUCGUCUUGUAGGCUUCGGCUUCGAGCGAGCUCGUCUUCUCCGCCACCACUUGCU